AUGAUUGUACGACAACUUGGUGUGCGGCAAAGCCGCCAAUUGCUGGCUUUGAGCCGCCGCGCCCCGGUCUACAGUCGCUCUUUCUCCUCCGAGGCACCAGUCGACACAGCAGUCCAAACCCCUUCUCCGACCCCUCUCCCAAAAGUUGUCAAGGCUUCACGCCAACCGACCCCAAGCCAGGCUUGGAAGGGCUCACUAAAGUCAAAUAUCAAACUAAUCCACUUCCCACCUGCAGAAGCGAAGUUCAACGCCCUUGGCUCUAGAGUGGAGGAAGUCCACACCCACGAUGUCCUCAUCAACCCUCCCUCCCCAUCAGACGUCACCCUUGAGCUCCUCCUCGCAGCAGGCACACACAUGGGCCACAGCACUUCCCGCUGGAACCCGCAGAACAGUCGCUACAUCUUCGGUAUCCGUGAAGGUGUUCACAUAAUCUCCCUCGACGUAACAGCCGCCUAUCUCCGCCGUGCCGCAAAGGUCAUCGAAGAAGUCGCCGCCCGCGGCGGUAUCAUCCUCUUCGUCGGAACCCGCAAGGGCCAAAAGCCCGCCGUCGUCCGCGCUGCAGAGCUCGCGCGCGGUUAUCACAUCUUCGAGCGCUGGAUCCCCGGCUCUCUGACGAACGGUCAGCAGAUCCUGGGCCACUGCGAGACGCAGGUGGUGAAUGCGAUGGAUGAGGUUCUGCCUGAGUUCAAGCAGGAUCUUGCGGAUCGGCCAUCCGUGAAGCCUGAUCUGGUUGUUUGUUUCAAUCCGUUGGAGAAUGUUGUCUUGCUGCAUGAGUGUGGGUUGAAUAAUGUGCCUACUGUGGGUAUUGUGGAUACUGAUGCGGAUCCGACUCGGUUGACAUAUCCCAUUCCUGCGAACGAUGAUAGUUUGCAGGCUGUUGGGCUUAUUGCGGGUGUUUUGGGUCGUGCGGGCGAGGCUGGACAGAAGAGGAGGAUGGAAAUGGCUAAGCAGGGCGAGUUGACGUAUAAGCCUAUUACUUCGCGGGAGUUGAAGUUGGAUCCGUUCACCGGUGAGGUUCCUGGAGCUGAUAAUCAGAAGUAG